AAAUAUUGAUCAGGUUAUGGUCAACAAUGAUUUUGAUACAACUUUCCGACAAAUUGUGGAGGCCUUGGAUACUUUAACCACUGAACAUCAAUGGGUCCCAGUUAAUUGGAUWUAUUGAUAUUCUACUGCCAUAUACAGGAUUAAAUUUUUCAACCGGAACGAUAAGUGCACACGGUGUUUUCAACAAAUACUUUUUUGGGCUUCAAGCAAAAGGUCUCCAAGCGGCAAAAUUGUUUACAGUUUAGUGGUUAAAAGUGAACGAUUUUGUAGUAACCGUAUUAGUGGAGUGUUUAGUGUUAAAAGUUGCAGAUAUACUUUCGGAAUUAUGAAUCAAAUUACGGGAAGUGCGGAUUCUACAUUUGGUAAACAAUCGGCAUCCGUCUACACACAGUGCGGUGAUGUGUUGACGGUUGACGAGGAAAACAUUCUUGUAACGGUUAAAAGUUACUCUCCGGUGAGGGACCUUCUCCCCUGCGAAGACGAUGCUAAUGAGAUGAAGAUGGGCACAGCACUUUCUAUAGAAGUCAAGGAUUUGCCAGGCGAUGUAAUGGCCCGCAACAAACUCGCACGAAAUUUAGUCCGGGAAUAUAAACAACGCACGUCACGUCGGAAACAAUGAAUAGCCAGUUAUUAUAGACAGUGAUACUGCCUCUUUUUCUGUUUGUUAGAACCACGGUACCCCGAAAUAGCAUCGCACUCUUCAUUAAUAUUAAUCAAACCUUUUCCGAUUGGGUUUGGCAAGAAUAGUGGUGCGCGCGUCCAACCUUUCAUCUUGGUUUGUUCAAAAGCAGCAUGUUUUCGCGACCUACGAAAUCAUAUUGUGUUGUUUGAGAAAAGCCAAACUAAGUAAUAAGAAACAGCGAGUUCGAGGUUUAACGGUGUGAAGUGUGAAUACUUUUCUUUAUCGAUCAAACUAUGCAGCACCACCCUGGGUCCUGGUACCUACCCUGGGGAGUUCCCCUGCAGAAGAUGGUGGCUGUGCCUAUACAUCCAGCUGGGCCUUUACAUUUGCAACCCCCUGCUAUGCACGUGCAGCCCAUGCUGACUGGCCUCCCGGCACCGCUUGCCACACUAAGGACCUUCGUUACUCAGCCCGCUAUGAGACAGCCUCAAAGAAAGAUAUGCGGAGGUGAAAAGGACAAGGGCAAAUUGACAGGAACUGAAAAGAGAAAAGCAGACGACGGAGAACCUAACAAAGACCUUAAAAAGGCGAAACUGGAAACCAAAGCUCUGAAAGCCAAACGACCGGGCUUCACGGAUGAUCGCUACAACGAAACGUCUUACUACAUCGAAAAUGGGCUGCGGAAAGUAUAUCCUUACUAUUUCACGUUCACAACAUUCACUAAAGGGAGGUGGGUCGGCGAGAGAAUCUUGGACGUAUUUGCUAGAGAAUUUCGAGCACAUCCUGCCGAAGAAUAUGAAAGGUGCAUCCAAGCAGGAACUCUAACUGUAAAUUAUGACAAAGUCCCUAUAGACUACAAGCUAAAACAUAACGAUCUUCUGGCCAACGUAGUUCACAGACAUGAAGUGCCCGUCACUAGCCAACCCAUCACCAUUGUACACAUGGAUGAGGACAUUGUGGUGGUCAACAAACCUGCCUCUAUCCCUGUUCAUCCUUGUGGUAGAUAUCGACACAACACCGUCGUUUUUAUACUUGCCAAAGAAUAUAACCUGAAGAAUUUAAGGACAAUACAUAGACUGGAUCGAUUAACAAGUGGUCUGCUACUUUUUGGCCGAUCUCCAAAAAAAGCUAGACAAAUGGAACACCAAAUCAGGAACAGACUAGUGCAGAAAGAAUACGUCUGUAGGGUAGAAGGCGAAUUUCCAGAUGAAAUUAUAGAAUGUAAGGAACCUAUUGAAGUGGUUAGUUACAAAAUAGGCGUUUGUAAAGUCUCUCCUAAAGGAAAAGACUGCAACACCAUUUUUCAAAAAUUAGGUUUUAAUGGAAAAACUAGCAUUGUUCUGUGUAAACCCAAAACCGGACGAAUGCAUCAAAUCAGGGUACACUUACAGUAUUUAGGCUAUCCCGUCGUAAACGAUCCCUUAUACAACCACGAAGUCUUCGGUCCAGUGAAAGGCAAAGGAGGAGACUUGGGUGGAAAAACCGACGAAGAAUUAGUUCGUGACCUUAUCCACAUUCAUAAUGCAGAGAAUUGGUUAGGAAUGGACGGAGAUAGCGAAUUAUCUAUGUUCAAUCCCAGAAAGGGAGAUCUAGACGAUUCCUUGGUGGGACCUCUUGUGCCUAAAGAUCGAGUUUUAGGAGACGACGACGCAGACCCAGUGUCAAGAGAACCAUCACCGUGUGAUGAAUCCUGUGACAACAACACUUCUAUUUCUUGCGAAUCUUUACCGCAUCCCUUAGCUGUAUCGUCACUCACCACGAGCCGAAACGUCGACGCAAAAGUAACUGUUGCAACUCAAACGGGCCACGAAGCACCAGAUUUUAGUUUUAAUCCUGACAAAAUGACAGUCGACAAGUACUGUUAUGAAUGUAAGGUCCGAUAUCGAGAUCCAAAACCGCAAGAUUUAGUUAUGUAUUUACACGCUUGGAAAUACAGGGGCCCCGGUUGGGAAUUUGAAACGGAACUUCCGGACUGGGCAAGAGUAGAUUGGGUAGAUUCAGACAUAUCCGAGUGAUGACUACUACAAAACUUAUUUCUCUAAUAUAAGGCAUCUCUUAUCCACUCUGCCUUUCCAUGCUCUUAGAUUAUUGUUGUAGGGUCAAGCAGCCCAAGCAAAAGGCAGGGUCCAAAAAAACAAUCAUUUCUUUAGAUUGCGUUAAGUAUAAUUAUAGGUUAAAUAAAUCAAUUAAUUAACUGAAUUAAAGGGUAAAGUUGAUUAAGUUUUAGAGAGUUUUAGGCAUGUUUCGUUGCUUUAAAAUUCAACCACAAACUCUGUGGGUAUUUCAGUGCUAUCUUGAGCGGUUUUUGAAGGUCGGCGUCUAGUUCUCAAGUGUAUAAUGAAAAUUGCAAUCAAAUAUUUUUAUAUAAGAAUAUCGUAUCUAAAAGAGUCACUUUGAAACUCUAAUUAUUGUAGUCAUUACAAUAAGUGCCAUGAUUUGUAUAAAUAUCUGCGGAUUGUUGCACCAGCAGAUUUUCAUUUUUUCUCAUCAAUAAAAGUACUGGAAUACAUAUUGUGCCUUGAAAGCGUGUUGUGAAAUCAUUUGCAGAUUUUCUAUCGAAAAUAUCCCGACUCUCAUAUCAGCUUUCGGACCCUUGCUUAGUCAAUUUUUAACUUACUUAUUGUUAUUAGCAUUAUUACUUUUCAAAGCACUGACAGGGAUUGUUCUGUGACGUUUUUAGAGAGAUAGGCUUUAGUACGUCCCAAAAAUUCCCCUUGUUGUGUUGUACUAAUAUACAGGGCGCCCAAAAAGUAACGCACUAAAUUAAUAAAUGGUGAUAGAAAAACGCUUACACAGGAUAAAAAAAUAAUUAAAAAACUAUAUCUAUUAAAAUUAUUCGCAAAAAACGUAUUCCCAAAAAUAGAUGUGACAACGUUGUCUAAAUGGCAUUGCAUUGUAUUUCAUCAACAAUAAAAAUUAGUUACUCUUGAAACCUCAAUAACAGUUUCCUAUUUAAUAAACAUGGUUACAAUGACGACAAAUAAAAUUACUGUUUUGUCACAUCUGCAAAUGCUUAUUUUUGGUUGAAUAAAUAAUUAUUUUACAAAAACUUAAAUAUUGUAAGAUAUUGAAAGAAAAAUAUAAACACUUAGAAAAUAAUGUAAAUUGAAGAUUAACAAAUAAGUUUUUUGCUUCAGAUUUUGUAAGAUAUGACCUCAAGAAUUAAUUCAACAUUUUUCUUGUAAUCUGUAUAUACUUUUCAACACCCUGCCACUGAGUUGGUGCGCCACUUUUUAAGCGUCCUGUGUAUUCAAUUAUUUACUUUAAAUUUCUUUAAAAUGCUUCAAAUUUUAUUUCGUCGCUUUAGAAUUAGUUGUCCUAACUGCUCUCCAACUUAAAAGAUUUGCAACAUUGUAUUCACGUUAAUAGUUUUAUAAGAAGAUCUUGAUAACCGAGAGACAGUCGAGGAUGCUUUACUUUCCACUAAAAUUCCCUCUAAAGCACAUUAUUACAAAAAAAUAUCUUUAAAAUUACAAAAGGCAUGCAUCUAUAAAUACAUAUUUUUUACACUACUUCAUUUUUCUAAAGCGGCGAUUUACUUAAUUCGGGAAAACUUUUAACUUUUUUCUGGUGUUCAUUAAUUAACUUACCUAUUAAACAAUUUCAUUCCUUUUUACAUGGGAUGUUAUUUAUUGAAUUCCAAGUUAAAAUUAACAAUAAUAAAGUCGGUGCUUUAUUUUUAUGAGAUAAUUUUAAAUAAAGACACUUUACAAACAUUCACUGUAUACAUCACAUUACAUCUAUAGAAAAAAGUUUGUUUGUAAACGGUCAGUUUUUCUAAAAAUAUAUCAAACAUCUACUUUACUUUCUCUACAUUAAUUAUAUAAAGAUUUGAAUUUGAAAAAAUAGUGUAGAGUAUUUUUGUAUGACAUAUAAACAAGAAAAACGGUUUAUUAUGUUUUUAGCAAAAACUACCGGUAACAUAAUUAAUCUUUGUGAUGUUACGACAAUUAUAGGGACCUAUUCUACAAUAGCAUAAGUUUUUAUUAUCGUCACUAUAGCGUGUAUGACAUUACAGAAAAGAAAACAGAUCAUGUUGCUAUUGCAUAUACCUGACCAUAAGUUUUAUUAUGCUUUUAAAAUAUGCAAGAACUUAAAAUUUGCUUUUGUCGUAUAAAACUUUUAUGUUACUCUCUUUGUAGGUUCAAAUAAUUAAUGCACUAACCGAAAAGCGAACGUUUACAUGAUUUUUAGAAAUGAUAAGUUGGUUUAAAUGGUAUAAGUUACAAAAAAUUAACUAAAAUUCGACGCAUACCUCUUAGCCAAGAAUUCAUUAAUACAUUUUUAAAAAUAUACAAUCCCAAAAUGAGCUUAAUAACAUUAUUCAAUAUUUAUAGCUUUUAUAAUUUUUUAAAAAGUACAAUAAAAUUAAAUCCUUCAAGAUUUAUGUGCAAGCUUUGCGCUUCCAAUUGUAUAAGUAAAUAGCCUAUAGUUUGAACAUAAGAUCAAAAUAUUCAAAAUAAAUAUUUUGGUAUCGACGUAUAAUUAUGUUUUAUGGUUUGUUUUCUUUCGCUGAUUUCUUGCAUAAGUACAUACCUACAUAAAAGACAGUAUUGUGUUACAUGUAUAUUGUUAUAUUUUUUCCUUUAUUGUUAGUUACCAUUCACAGCAUUUUCCAUCUGUUCUAUUAUAUAAUUAUAUUUUUAUCAUAUUUUAUUGUGAAUGGAAUAUUAUCAUUUACAAUAAAGACGUUGUAGCGUUGCUACAGUGUUGUUAUAAAUUUUUUUCAUGGCUUGCUGUAAUCUGUGAUGAUUAUUAUUUAUACAGCUGACAGGUUAUUUUGAAAUGUAGAAACUAUGUAAACAUUGUAGACAGUGUGUAAUAAAACAAUUUUAAAAUUAA